AUGAAGGUGACCAAGCACCUGCUGCCCGACUCGCGAGUCUUCCUUGACGUUUACGACCUAAAGGACAUCGACACGCUGGAGCAGCACAUCCGAGAGAGCGCGCUCGUGGUUGUGAUCCUCACGCGCGGCUAUUUCCGCUCCAAGGCGACCGACCUCCCCCCCUCCCCCCUCCUCCGAAGUCCCCAGCACGUCGUCUCAUCCCCGCGAUUGCUCCGCUCUCAGAACUGUAUGCGAGAGCUGCGCUCUGCCAUCGAGGAGAAGAAGCCACUGCUGCUGAUACAAGAGCUGGACGAGGACUAUGGCGGCAUUCCACUCGCGAGUCUCGUAAGCGACUGCCCCGACGAUCUGCGCUCCAUCCUCUUCACCCCCGAGCGCGUCUGCGGCCUGGUGCCCUGGAGCCGGAAGCCCGACUUCCAGAGCGUCGCGCUGACGGCGGUGUGCCAGGCGAUCCUCGCUGCGAGUGGCAAUCCGAAGUACGCCGUGCCUCCGCGCGUCGAGAUUCCGGGAUCGCUCGGGACCCGGCCGCUCUCCCUGUCUGGCCGCACCACCUUUUGGUGCAGCCGCCACAACUUUGGCGCCUUUGCGCUCGCGCAGCAGCUAGCGGGGCACCUCCACGGCGAUGUCGAAGCAGGCGAUGAUGGAUGUCCUACUUCUGCGGCGGUCGGGGGCGGGGCGCCGGGAGAGGACCGGAGGGCGUGGGCAGUCUCCCUCCUCCAGCGAGCAGUGCGUCAACUUCUCAACAACAGCGUCGGCACGCCCGUCAUGUUCCUGCGGUUGAGCAAAAAGAUGUUUCGCGGAGAGGCGCGCCGCGCCCUCCCGAGCGCUUCUCCGCUUGGCGGGCUCGCCUCAUCCCCGCACCCGCCCCGUCUCGCGCUUGCGCAGGCGGGAGAGAGGCUCGAAGCGGACAUCUUGCGCGCGAUGGAGCGAGGCAUCCAAUUCGCGCUGGUCUUUCCGACCACGGACCGCUUCUCGGAGAUCAUAGACGAGACCCCGCAGGAGCUAUUGCAGCGAGGGCUCUACAAGAACAUCGCAAUCGACUUCACGCCGUGGCCGCCGCACGAGCGCAUCACGGCAGCGCAGCUGGCGCUCACGCUCGGCGCGAAGGAGGACGACACGAGGAGGGCAUGGAGAAGGUCGCGAGGCGCGAGCGUCAAUCCGUCUCUAGAGCGGCGCAGCGGGCGGCUCAGUCGGCAGUUUGCUGGUGCGGUGUUUCUGCUGCAUGUUGGCGGUGUCAUAGACCGCCCCAUCUACCAGCGCGACAAAGGUCACUUCAUGUUUGCUGGUGCGGUGUCCGGUGUUUCUGCUGCAUGUUGGUAUGUGCGCACAUACAUGCAUGUGCAGGGAUACUGUUGGUUUGGUGCCGCUGUAUUUAGCGGCAUGGUUUUGAGGCGGUAA